CAGCUGGGGAGGGGGUGGCUGGUGACAAUGUGGUCCCAAGGUGGCCAGCUCCAGGAGCUGCUGUGCUGAGACCCAUUGACCUGCCCACCCCCAGCUCACCUGUCUGGGUUGCUGGGCCGGACCCACCAUGUUCUCCAGGAAGAAGCGCGAACUCAUGAAAACCCCUUCCAUCUCGAAAAAGAACCGGGCGGGAAGCCCCAGCCCGCAGCCCUCAGGGGAGCUGCCCAGGAAAGAUGGGGCUGAUGCCGUGUACCUGGGACCCAGUCUGGAGCCACUGAGUGUGGCCUGCAAUGCCAAGGCUACAGGCACACUCAAGAGGCCUACCAGCCUGAGCCGCCAUGCCAGCGCCGCUGGCUUCCCACUGUCAGGAGCCAGUUCCUGGACGCUAAGCCGGGGCCACCGCAGCCCUCUGACAGCAGCCAGCCCUGCUGAGCCACCCAUCGAGGGGCCCUGCCCCGAUGCUGUGGAGGACAUCUCCCACCUCCUGGCUGAUGUGGCCCGCUUUGCAGAGGGCCUGGAGAAGCUCAAGGAAUGUGUUUUGCAUGAUGCAGAACUCCUCGAGGCCCGCCGACCCCUGGCCCAUGAGUGCCUGGGCGAGGCACUACGAGUGAUGCGCCAGGUCAUCUGCAAGUACCCACUGCUGAACACUGUGGAGACGCUCACAGCUGCUGGCACCCUCAUUGCCAAGGUCAAAGCCUUCCAUUAUGAAUGCAACAAUGAGGCGGACAAGCGGGAAUUUGAGAAGGCCUUGGAGACCAUCGCUGUCUCCUUCAGUAGCACUGUGUCUGAGUUCCUCAUGGGUGAAGUGGACAGCAGCACCCUCCUGUCAGUGCCCCCCGGGGACCCAAGCCAGUCCAUGGAGAACCUGUACGGACAGGGGAGUGAGGGCAACCCUCCCAGCACAGAGGAUUGUGACACAGGCUGCCUGCUGCCCGAAGAUGUGGACAAGCUGCUGCAGCGCUGUGAGGGCGGGGUGGACACGGCCCUGAACUACGCCAAGAACAUGGCCAAGUACAUGAAGGACCUCAUAGGCUACUUGGAGAAGCGGACUGCACUAGAGAUGGACUUCGCCAAAGGCCUGCAGAAGAUUGUCCACAACUGCAGACAAAGUGUCAUGCAGGAGCCCCACAUGCCCCUCCUGUCCAUCUACUCACUGGCCCUGGAGCAGGACCUGGAGUUUGGCUACGGCAUGGUGCAGGCAGUGGGCACGCUGCAGACCCAGACCUUCAUGCAGCCCCUGAACCUGCGGCGGCUUGAGCACGAGAAGCGUAGGAAGGAGAUCAAGGAGUUGUGGCACCGCGCGCAGAGGAAGCUGCAAGAAGCAGAAUCCAACCUUCGUAAGGCCAAGCAAGGCUAUGGGCAGCGCUGUGAGGACCACGACAAGGCCCUUCUCCUGGUGGCCAAGGCGGAGGAAGAGCAGGCGGGCACUGGGUCUGGCGCAGGGGGCACGGCCUCCAAGGCCCUGGACAAGCGGCGGCGCCUGGAGGAAGAAGCCAAGAACAAGGCAGAGGAAGCCAUGGCCACGUACCGCACCUGUGUGGCAGACGCCAAGACACAGAAGCAGGAGCUGGAGGACACCAAGGUGACAGUGCUCCGACAGAUCCAGGAGGUCAUCCGGCAGAGUGACCAAACCAUCAAGUCGGCCACCAUCUCCUACUACCAGAUGAUGCACAUGCAGACGGCUCCGCUGCCCGUGCACUUCCAGAUGCUCUGUGAGAGCAGCAAGCUGUACGACCCGGGCCAGCAGUACGCUUCCCAUGUGCGUCAGCUGCAGCGCGACGAGGAGCCUGAUGUGGACUACGACUUUGAGCCCCAUGUCUCCACCAAUACCUGGUCUCUGGUCAUGCGAGCCCAAAAGGGCAGCUUCAAUGCUGGCGAUGCCAUGGGAGCAGAGGCCGCCGGCAGCCCUCCGGAGGAAGGUGGGUCCAGUGAUGGGGCACUUGCCAAAGAGCGCAGGGGUGGGCGCGGACACCAGGUGCACAAGUCCUGGCCCAUCUCUGUGUCAGACUCCGAGGGCAGCCUGGAUCCCAGCCCUGGCUCAGGGGACUUUAAGAAAUUGGAACGGAUGUCGUCCAGUGGCACCAUGUCAUCCAGUGAGGAGCUGGUGGACCAGGAGGGCAGUGCAGAGCCUUCAGCAUUUGAGCAGGCUGACCUCAAUGGCAUGGCCCCUGAGCUCUCAGUGGCUGUGCCCAGCGGGCCCUUCCGCCACAUGGGGCUGUCCAAGGCAGCCCGCACGCACCGGCUCCGGAAGCUGCGCUCGCCGGCGAAGUGCCGGGAGUGCAACAGCUAUGUCUACUUCCAGGGUGCCGAGUGCGAGGAGUGCUGCCUGGCCUGCCACAAGAAGUGUCUGGAGACCCUGGCCAUCCAGUGCGGCCACAAGAAGCUUCAGGGCCGCUUGCAGCUCUUCGGCCAGGACUUCGGCCCAGCAGCUCGCAGCACCCCUGAUGGAGUGCCAUUCAUCAUCAAGAAGUGCGUCAGUGAAAUAGAGAGGCGAGCGCUGCGCACCAAGGGCAUCUAUCGCGUGAAUGGGGUGAAGACGCGCGUGGAGAAGCUGUGCCAGGCCUUCGAGAACGGCAAGGAGCUGGUGGAGCUGUCGCAGGCCUCACCUCAUGACAUCAGCAACGUCCUCAAACUCUACCUACGCCAGCUUCCGGAGCCGCUCAUCUCCUUCCGCCUCUACCACGAGCUCGUGGGGCUGGCCAAGGACAGUCUGAAGGCGGAGGCCGAGGCUAAAGCGGCGGCCCGGGGCCGUCCAGACGUUGCCGAGAGCGAGGCUACGUCGGUGGCCAUGGUGGGCCGGCUGCGGGAGCUCCUGCGAGACCUGCCGCCGGAGAACAGAGCCUCGCUGCAGUACCUGCUGCGGCACCUGCGCAGGAUCGUAGAGGUGGAGCAGGACAAUAAGAUGACCCCCGGGAACCUGGGCAUCGUAUUCGGACCCACGCUGCUGCGGCCUCGGCCUACCGAGGCCACCGUGUCCCUCUCGUCCCUCGUUGACUACCCCCACCAGGCCCGCAUCGUGGAGACCCUUAUCACCCACUACAACCUGGUCUUUCAGGAGGAACCCGAGGAAGUGGCGGGGGACUCGGACCAGAUGAUCACCCAGCGAUCCGAGGUGCUGCUUCAGGUGCCCUACUCAGUGACCAGUGAGGGGGCUGCCGCCUUCCCCCUGCAGGAGGAGGCUGGGGAUGGGGGCCCAGACCCACCAGAGUCCCACAUCGCCUCCAAUGACUCUGACUCAGAGCUGGAGGAGGCCCCAGAUGUGCUGUCCCCGGUGUCUGGAGGCAGCCUGCAUGGCCUCAGCUUCCUGGAGACACAGGGCAGUGCAGCCAGCGUGGAAGAGGCCCAGGACAGCGGCAGUGAGGAGCCACUGGGGGCCUCCACCAGGGAGGAUGGGAACUGGGAGGGCCUGUCACAGUGCACCGGUGUGAAGCUCCAUGGGCCGGGCAGCAGCUGUGACAGGCAGCCAGAGUUUGUCUAGCUGUGGCUGAGUGCCACCCCAUGGCCAGCCCAUGCCUGUGGCUGUCCCUGGGCCCCCUCUCAGGAACGGGGGCAAGGCUGGGGUCUGCCCGCAUGCACUACUUGCCCUGCUGAGCUGGGGACUCUGCUCUUGGGAGUCACUGUGGAGCUAUGUGGACAGAGGAACCCCCUGCAUGACCCCUGCCCAUCAGGGGUCCUUCCAUCACCUGGCCGUGGAAGGCCACACUGACAGACUGGGAGCCAGAGGGGCUGGGUGAGGGCACUGAGUUUGGCCACCUGGCGCUUGGAUACACAGUGGGGUCUCCCCUUGACAUGUGCCUGUAUUUUGCUUAAAAUAAAGCUGUUAAUUUGA